AUGUAUAUUAAAAAUGGAAGAAAACCCAUAAUAUCUUUACAUUCAAACAGAGUUCUUCCGACAAUUUUAUUUGAAGAAUUUUGGCGGGAAGAAGGUGAUAGAUACACCAUGGAUGUAUCUAUUGCUCUGGUGUUGUUUCUUGCUGUGACUGCUUAUCUGCUAUGGUUUACUUUCAUCUCACGGUCAUUAAAGGGUCCACGUGUAUGGCCAUUAUUCGGCAGUCUUCCGGGACUGAUCGAGAAUUCAGAUCGGUUGCACGAAUGGAUUGCAGAUAAUCUUCGGGCCUGUAACGGGACCUAUCAAACAUGUAUCUGUGCAGUCCCGUUUCUAGCCCGAAAACAAGGUCUUGUAACCGUCACCUGCGACCCGAAGAAUCUUGAACACAUUCUGAAAACCCGGUUUGAUAAUUACCCAAAGGGUCCAACAUGGCAAGCUGUUUUCCAUGAUUUAUUAGGAAAAGGGAUCUUUAAUUCGGAUGGCGAUACGUGGUUUCUACAAAGGAAGACGGCGGCACUCGAGUUCACAACCAGGACACUCCGACAAGCGAUGGCUCGAUGGGUGACUCGAGCGAUCAAGAAUCGGUUCUGUCCGAUUCUCGAACGGGCUCAGGUCCAGGCCGAGCCUGUAGAUCUACAAGAUCUUUUGUUACGAAUCACUUUUGAUAAUAUCUGCGGGUUGGCUUUCGGGAAAGACCCACAGACGUUGGCCCCUGAGUUGCCCGACAAUAGCUUUGCAUUGGCUUUUGAUCGGGCAACUGAGGCUUCCUUGCAACGGUUUAUUUUCCCCGAAGUCAUUUGGAGAAUGAGGCGAUGGCUCCGGCUUGGUUUGGAGGUCAGCUUGAGCCGAAGCCUUGUUCACGUGGAGGAGUAUUUGUCGAGCAUCAUUACUACACGCAGGCAUGAAUUGUCCGGUCAGCUUAAAGAUGGAGGCUUACAUGAUGACUUGUUAUCAAGGUUUAUGAAGAUGAAAGAAUCCUAUUCUGAUACGUUCUUGCAACACGUGGCACUCAACUUCAUCCUAGCUGGACGCGACACGUCAUCUGUGGCGAUGAGCUGGUUUUUCUGGUUGGUGAUUCAGAACCCAAAAGUGGAAGACAAAAUUCUUAGAGAAAUCUCUAGCGUCUUGCUGGAGACACGUGGCGAUGACGUGGCGAAAUGGACAGAUGAGCCAUUAGGUUUUGAAGAGGUGGACCGACUGGUUUAUCUGAAGGCAGCGUUGUCGGAGACCCUCCGACUAUACCCAUCGGUGCCGGAGGACUCAAAACAUGUUGUUUCCGACGAUGUGCUGCCGGACGGAACUUUUGUUCCGGCGGGAUCUUCAGUUACAUAUUCAAUAUAUUCCGCCGGCCGGAUGAAGUCAAGUUGGGGUGAAGACUGUCUCGAGUACCGCCCUGAGAGGUGGUUGUCUGCCGACGGCACAAAAUUUGUGAGGCAUGAUUCGUAUAAAUUUGUAGCGUUUAAUGCCGGACCAAGGAUAUGUCUUGGGAAGGACUUGGCUUAUUUGCAGAUGAAGUCUAUAGCGGCGGCGGUGUUGCUACGCCACCGUCUGGCGGUGGUGCCGGGGCACAAGGUGGAGCAGAAGAUGUCGUUGACGCUGUUCAUGAAGUAUGGGUUAAAGGUGAAUGUGUUUCAGAGGGAUUUGAGGGCAGUUAUGGAAAGUGUGAAGAAAGAGAAAGAAGGUGUCGACUAG